AUGGCGUCAAGCAACAUCGGCUCCUCGGCCGCUCUCACGUUUGAGCUUGUUGCUCGUUGCUCCACGACAAGAGCUCGCGCAUCCAUCUUGACGCUUCCCCAUGGCCCGGUGCAGCUCCCCAUUUUCAUGCCCGUCGCGACGCAAGCUUCCCUGAAAGGCUUGACUCCCGAGCAGCUCGAGGAAACUAGCUGCCGCUUAUGCCUCAACAACACUUACCAUCUUGGGUUGAAGCCUGGACAAGAUGUCCUCGACGCUAUUGGUGGCGCACACAAGCUCCAAGGAUGGAAGCAUAACAUUCUGACAGAUAGCGGAGGCUUCCAGAUGGUCAGUCUCCUCAAGCUGGCGAAAAUCACAGAAGAAGGUGUGCGCUUCCUCAGCCCCCACGACGGCUCCCCAAUGCUUCUCACUCCUGAGCACUCCAUGUCUCUGCAGAAUUCGAUCGGCAGCGACAUUAUGAUGCAGCUGGACGACGUUUUGGUCACCACGUCCCCCGAUGCUGCCCGUAUGCGUGAAGCCAUGGAGCGCAGCGUGAGGUGGCUCGACCGGUGCAUCGCCGCGCACAAGAACCCCACCACGCAGAACCUUUUCUGCAUCAUUCAGGGUGGUCUUGACCUCGAAAUGCGACGAGAAUGUACCCGAGAGAUGCUGGCGCGUGACACACCCGGAAUCGCCAUAGGUGGCCUGAGCGGCGGUGAGGCCAAGACGGAUUAUUGUCGUGUUGUUGAGACUUGCACAGAACUUCUGCCCGACCUCAAGCCUCGGUACGUCAUGGGCAUCGGAUACCCAGAGGACUUGGUCGUGAGCGUCGCUCUUGGAGCCGACAUGUUCGACUGCGUUUGGCCGACAAGGACGGCGCGAUUCGGAAAUGCAAUCACUAGAAACGGUGUCAUCAACGUUCGGAACUGGCGGUAUGAAAACGACUUCGGACCUAUCGAGGAAGGAUGCGGCUGCCUAUGUUGUCGAAAGGGGGAUGGUGGCUUGGGCGUCACCAGAGCUUUCAUCAACCACAAUGCUGGCAAGGAGACGGUAGCCGCUCAUUUGCUAAGCAUACACAACGUAUGGUACCAGCUGAAUUUGAUGAAGGGGAUACGGCAAGCCAUUAUCGAGGACCGAUUCCCUGCUUUUAUCAGGCAAUUUUUUGGUGAUUUGUACGACGACAAGUCCAAGUACCCUGAAUGGGCUGUAGAUUCUUUGAAGAGAGUCGGCGUUGACUUAAUAGACCAGUAA